UUAUGGCUCUGAUUGUUCAAAAAUUACUCCAAUGGUGGAAUUAAUGAUGGGUCGGGCGUUGCAGUGGGCACAAGCAGUUUUGAAUGUUCAACAUAACAUCUCUUAUCAGGAUUUCUUGAGCAAAUUCCAUUGUGUUUUUGACAAGGGGUCAAACCCGGACUGUGCGGCUAAUCGUUUUUUUACCCUGAAGCAGGGACGGAGGAGUGUGGUGGAUCUCUCUGUGGAUUUCUGGAUCCUGGCCGAGGAGGCGGCAUGGGCGGAGAUUGGGCUUCGGGGAGGCUUCCUGAACUGUCUGAAUGAAAAAAUUAAACAGUUUGGGAGACGAUCUGGAGAGGGACGGCGGGUGGCAGGGGGCGCUAGCGCUCUGAUGGGAUUACCUUCUGCUGAGUGGAGAGAAGAAGAUGAUAAAGAGCCAGUGGAGGAGGAGGAGCAGCCGAUGCAACUUGGAUGGGCACGGUUCAGUGCCGCUAGCUGGAGAAGACUGUGCACGGCUCACAUCCUCAUCUUCUCCUGGAACCAGGCGGAGCAUGUGAAGCAUGUGAGGCUCCUGCUGCAGCGCCUGUUGGAGAAUCGCUUGUUCGUUAAGGUGGAAAAAUGUGAGUUCCAUGUACCUACUGUCUCAUUCCUAGGAUUCAUUGUCAAGCAAGGGCAGCUGCGUGGAGACCCGGCUAAGGUUAGAGCAGUAGUCGAGUGGCCGGAACCCAAGACCCGCAAGAAGUUGCAGAAGUUCCUUGGGUUUGCUAACUUCUACUGGCGUUUCAUUCGCAGUUUCAGCAAAGUUGUUUUGCUUUUGACUGACCUCACUUCUCCCAAGCAGCCUUUUCAGUGGUCUCCGAGCGCCCAGCAGGCCUUUGACCGGCUUAAGCACCUGUUUUCGUCAGCCUCGGUAUUGGUGCAGGCUGACCUCAACCGUCCCUACUUUGUGGAAGUAGACGCUUCAGAUUCGGGCGUUGCGGCCGUCCUCUCGCAACAGGUGGAAGGUAAAAUGCAUCCAUGUGUCUCUUUCUCCCAGCGUUUGUCUUCCGCAGAAUGGAAUUAUGAUGUUGGGGACCGGGAGUUGCUCGCCAUCAAGCUGGCCCUGGAGGAGUGGCAGCAUUGGCUUGAGGCGGGCGAGAACCCUGUGGUGGUGUGGACAGAUCACAAGAACUUGGCGUAUCUCCAAGCAGCGAAGCAUCUCAAUGCUCGGCAAGCCAGUUCGCACCGGAUUCCGAUGAUGAGGGAAUCAGCCCGUCCUCCCGCCUUCGUGUUUUGUUGGAGCUUUAAUGUGGGAGAUAAAGAAGCUCAUAAGGGAGCAGGAACCCGACCCAGGAACAGGCCCAGAGGGCAAGCUGUUUGUCCCUGCAUCAGAGUAGGGUGCUCCAGUGGGCCCACACCGCACAUUUCGCCUGUCAUCUGGUUAGGAACCUCACCAUCACUUUCCUUCAGCAAUCCUUCUGGUGGCCUACUCUGAUGCAGGGAGUAUGUCGUUGACUGUCCUGUGUGUACUCAGAAUAAGGCACCGAAUUCGCCUCCUGCUGGCCUCCUGCAACCACUCCCCAUGCCCAAGUGACCCUGGUCGCACAUUGCACUGGACUUUGUCACCGGACUGCCCCCGUCAUCAGGUAACACUUUUUCAAUUCUCACCAUCAUUGACUGGUUUUCUAAGGCUGUCCACUUUGUUGCCCUGCCGAAGCUUCCAUCUGCCCUGGAGACUGCUUGGCUUCUUACCUAGCACGUGUUCAGUCUCCACGGUAUUCCUCGUGACAUCGUCUCUGGCCCAGGUCCGCAGUUCACAUUCCAGGUCUAAGAAACUUGCUCCUCGGUUUAUUGAACCCUUUCCUGUGCAAGUGGUUUUGAAUCCAGUGACUGUCCAGUUGGCCCUGCCACGUAACAUGAGAAUUCAUUAUGUCUUUCAUGUCUCCCAGGUGAGACCAGUCCGGACCAGCCCGUUGUGCCUGCCCCCUGGGUCCCCACCAUCUCUGACAAGUUUGGUAGGUCGCCGGGAGGCUCCCGUUAGAAGGGGGGGUACUGUCAGGGUCUGACGGUCCCCUACCUGUGUGUGUGUGUGUGUGUGUGUGUGUGUUCCAGUCUCUUUCCUUUGUCUCUGUCUCGGGGGCGAUUGUUUACGGAGGUCGCCUGGCAACGAGUGACACUUGACCCGGAAGUACCGCUGCUCUAGAAGCCGCCACACCUGGGACUGAUUCGGCAUCCACCUGCCUUUAAUUAUCCACCAUCUUAGGCAGAGCUAUUUAAUGGGUGGCCUACGACAGUCACUGCUGGAGUAUUGCACUAAGCCGCUAGUGUUCUCGGACCGUUUGUGUGGAGAAGUAUUGCCUGCCAGAAAAGAGACUUACCGUUAGCUGUCCUUUGUGUGUGAUUAGGAACAAAGAAGGAGAAGGAUUAUGAGCAUGGGGAAAGAGGGAGGGAGGAACGGAGAUUCACUGUCACGCACCACUUGAGCACGGGGAAGAGGACACCAAUGCUCACUUGCACAUUGAACAAUUGUAACCUUUAUCACUGUAAAUAAACGCACUGUUGUUCAUUCAGAGCUCCGUGCCAGGGUCCACUCAUUCACCCCCGGUGACAGCAAUGGUAAGUUCUAGUGUUAUUAUUAGUAGGUUUUGUUUAGUUAAAGUUUCAUCAAUGAUCCCUUGUUUAUGUGUCGUUUUCUGUUUCCUGUGUAAGUCUCUUGUCCUCUAUGUAUGAUUUUUAGUUAUGUGUGUGCCUUGUUCCCCUUAUCUGUUUCCAUGUUUCUCUCCUUGUGUAUCAUUCAGUCUCCCCAGUCUGUUAUGUGUUUCAUGUCUGCGUUUUCCAUGUCAUAUUGUCAAGCUUGAGCUGUCAAGCUAGUGUUUUCACAUUCUUUGGGUGAUUAUGUUUCCUGUUUUAUUUUGACAGUCUUGUGUUUCCAUGUUCAAUGUGUUUAGUUUUGCUUCCCAUGUGGCGUCAUGUUCAUUUGUGUCAGCUGUGUUCCCCGUGUGUUUCCACUUCCCUCGUUACCCUUCUGUGUAUUUAAGUCCUCUGUCUUCCUUUGCUCAGUGUCAGGUGAUCUGUUGUCUUUUGAGCCAUGUCUCUAUGUUCUAGUUAUGUAUUUAUCCACACCAAGUUUCACAUUUAGGGUUUUUCAUGUUUAUUUUUAGUUUUCCCAGUUUAGGUUACUGUUUAUUUUUGUCUCAGUUCACCUUGUGCAUUGCUUUGUAUUUCUCCAUUUGCCAUAAAAAACGGCUCGCUUUAAUAUUAAGUUUGUUUCCACACUUUAUUUGCUAUCGCCUCUGUCAGUGCGCCCCAGGGUGGCUGUGGCUACAAUGUAGCUUGCCAUCACCAGUGUGUGAAUGUGUGUGUGAAUGGGUGGAUGACUGGAUGUGUAAAGCGCUUUGGGGUCCUUAGGGACUAGUAAAGCGCUAUACAAAUACAGGCCAUUUAUUGGGUCCUCUAUUCUCUACUCCACACAGUCUGCAUCUGCUGACUGUGACAAGGAUGACAGGAGCUCAUUGAUUUUACCCAUCGUGAAAUGUCUCUUGUAUGGCAAAUUAGUACUGAAACAUCUUUUUAUAGGCCACCAGUUGGGACUGAACCAACUGACAUUAACUGCACUAAAUGGCAUGAUUGCUUUCGAAUUACUACUUGAUUUCAGUAUUUGUCAUGACUUUCCAUGCCUUUUUAUGCCUACCUCCCUUUCAUUUAUUCAAUACUUUUCCCUGCGUCAUUUCUCGUUACUGUACAAAAUCUAACUUACAGACAUCUAGGGUUUGAUUAAUUUGGGUGUGUGGAUUGGAUGGGUUGUUACUGACAUCUGGUGAGAAUGUCUUGUCAAUAGCACCUUUAGAAAUACAUUUACUUUCUACGUGCUCUAGAAGACAGAAAGUGACGCUUGACAUGUGUUUCUGAACAUGAAAGCGCGAAAUGAUUAUUUAACCACACUGAAUUUCCUUGCACAAAAAGUAAAAUCAAAAUUUAAACAUGAAUUAACUAAUUGCUGGGUCCUAUCAGAGAAAGGUAGAUUUUACAUGCAAUACAAAUGGCGAAGUCAAGAAGAGAGCACUCCAACUGCACAACCAUUAGGCAAGUACCUGUGUAUUCUGCUCACAAGAAAUGGCCAAAAAUAUGUGGUUGUCUGUUCGAAACAUUUUUGGUGUGGGGAACACGAACUUGAUAACAUAAGACACGCAGCAUAAAACACAUAAAGGGUGAGGGAAACUUAAAUACAGGGGAAGAAAACACAAGAGGAAUCUAAUAUACAAAUGAACUUAGCUAACCUAAUGAACUUAAACAUAAACAUCAAAAAAACAAAAAUUAAAAAACUGGGUCAACAGAUCCAGGAACAUGACAGUUUUAAGAAAGGAACCUAAAGUUCUGGCACUGUGCUUAAAGCUAUUGUUAAUCAUUGUUAUUUACAUGCUGGCUUGCCAAAUAAAUUAACAGUCAAAGUGCCCAUCAUGCAUGAUUAUUUUUGUCAAUAAUCCAUGGAUGGCACCUGUGAGUCAUAUUAAUACUGUUUCAAAUGUUUUGCACUGUUAAAGGAACACUCUAAAUUCAAUAUCAGACAUCAUCCCAGCCCAGCACUGAACAGCUGCUUUCAUUCAGAUCACCAAAAUUACAAGGGUACCCAGAUUUUUGCACAGCCUUUUUUUUCACAUUUCAUUUCAUUUCCUACAACUAAAUACUGCUUCACUAAAAAUCUGUGUUCAGAAAACAACCCAGUACUGUUCACUGUUAUCUUUUUCAUUGCCAGCUGGCAGUUCAAAGUAACUGCAUCUGUACACAGCAGAUGACACUAAAUUGUGUACAGACAUGCUGUGCUGCCAUCUUCAAAUGUUGUUUCUCGUAGUUGUGUCAAACUUCUGACAAAUUCCAAACAUAGACAAUAAUUUUGCAUGCCCCGUCAUGAUUUGUACAGUGGUUUUUGAGAAUUUUCAUCUCAUGCCUUCAUGGUUAUAAUGUGGUAAAAAAAACGAAGGUGGAAACUACAUGUGAAAAACCAUUUAGUUUAAUAUUAAAAUAUAAGGUCAACAAGUCUGCCAUUUUUUUUAAGUUGUUGCUGAAUUUUAUAUUGAUAAAAGUCUCAGAUUACAGAUCAUUAGUUCAAGCCAGAUCAUGUGAUGGUAAUGCAAUCUUAAAUCCCCAAAUUAAAACCCUUAUACAUGUCGGCCAUAAUAUUUACAAUAGAUAGCUGCUGAAUGGUUGCUGAAGCUUCUAGUUUUUCCAGUUUAAGUGUUAUGGUAGUUAUGGCUUUGAAGCAUUCUACUUUUGUAUUUGUGCACCUAACAAUAAUGCCCUGAUUAAAAAGAAAAGGUAACUCCUUAUCCUGAGAAAGAUUAAUAGAAUAGAAUAGAAUAGAAUAGAAUGCCUUUAUUGUCACUAUACAGUUGUACAAUGAGAUACAGAGCAUCUCCUACUCUGUGCAAACAUGUAGAGGAGGAAUUGGAACAGUAUUAAUAGAAAAAAUAUAUAAAAUGUACAAAGAUACAAUCUGGUGUAAAAUAAAGUAAAUAUGUAAAUAAAUUCUGUUUUUGUAUAUACGUAUAUGUUCAGGUUAUUGCACAUAGAAUUUAGUAUUGUACAGUGGUGAUUUAUAAACGAAAUGUUAAAAUGGGGGCUGGGGGAGAUGGGACUGUGUUUAUCAGUGCAUGUGUGAGUUAAGGGUGGUUGUGGCCUUUGGGAAGAAACUGUCUUUGAUAAUGUUUGUUGCUCUGCUGAGGCAGCGGGAGGAAUAAAUGUCCAUCAGGGAGGGGAGAGGGCAGCCGAUGAUGUGCAGAGCUCUGUCAUCUGACCUGAAGGCGGCGGCGCGGGCUUUGAGGAGUGAGCGGACCUGGCUGGUCAUCCAGGGUUUUUGGUUUGGAAAAACCCGAAUGCUUUUAUGCUAAUAUGUUAGAUUUAGGAACCCAAUGAAGAGGAAUACUGUUCCAUAAUUAUGACUUUGUCCCAGGUUCAGGCUGCUAAAUUCUGGAACAGGCAUGGCAAGAUGGCACAUGCCUCUGUGAGAAGGCCUGUGCUUCUGUUGUUCACAUUACACAACAGAAACGAAACCAAAUGCUAAAGAAAUGUAUUUGUAUAAACAGCUUUUACAUGUAUUCUAACAUAAAUUUUCCAUCAAAUGUUAAUGUAACUACAGUAUACUUUUACUUACAGAACUUAUCAAGUACAUAUUGAUAGAUGUGAAUAUUAAAAGAGUUUAACAAAACGCUCACAAUUUUUGUAAUAAUGCCGUAAUACAACAUUUGAUCACGCGGACUGGGAAAUGUUUCACGUGGCUGCUAAAGACAUUGAUGAGUACACAGACUCAGUCUGUGGAUUUAUCAGGAAAUGCGUGGAAGAUGUCGUCCCAUCCAGAACAGUUAAAUCCUUCCCAAAUCAAAAACCCUGGAUUAACGGAGAUGUUCGCACGGCGCUGGCGGCACGGAGCACCGCUUUUGCCUCCGCGAACACAUCGGACUACAAACACGCACAUUACCAACUCCGGAA